AUAAAUAAAAAUGUUGGAGAAAGGAUUAAAUACGUUUAAGAGUCAAGAUUUAAAAAGAAUAACAGGAUAUACUAUUCAAGAGCAGGAUACAGGGUUAGAACUAUCCGUCCCUGCUCCACCAGCAAGAGAACUCAGAGACUACCAUAAGGAGCUAUGGACCAAGUACAGUAGAGAGGAAGCUGCAACUGUAAGAAAACUUACUACUCUUCAGCAAACACUAAGAGAACAACAGAAUGCUCUCAGGGAUUUAUCUACUCGGAGUACUGAACCUGGUUUACUCCCAACCUUAGAACCGCAUUCUACCAUUCAUCCAUUCAAACUACAACGGGUCAAACACCUCACGAGGGAGGUUGAGUGUGUUCUCCGAAAAACACGAGUCUGGAACUCUGGACUGAUCUCUGGGUUAGAACGGUGUCAAGCUCAGCUAGAAGAUGAGCUUGAGGUUGUGGAGCAGCAGGUUGCCAAGGUUAGGAUUGAACCUGUUCCUCCGGAUAAGAAUAAGAGAGAUGAAGAUCCUGGAGAACCUCAGGUCGAAGAGGUUCAACAGGUUUCUGAUGAGAACUUCCACUCCUGGUUGUGUAGACAUAGAGGACUCUCAGGAGGAUGGACUCCAGAGGAUCAUCUAGUCAUGGUUAAACUCACUCACAGGUAUGCAACAUGGAGAAAGAAACCUGCCAGGUUUAUCGAGGAUAUCUGGUCUGGAGUUAAAGCAGUAUCAUCUAGGGAGGAUGUUGCUCGCCAUGUGGAUUGGUACUCGGAGUACUGUCUUAGAAGGGACAGACAAAAAAGUUUGAUAGAGGAUUGGAGGCAGAAGAGGUUACAACGUCAGCGAUCUUUCAGUGAACCGUCCCAACCAAAAUUGCUGAGAAGGAGGAGUAGAUCCGCCCACACCUUAAACACAGUGCAAACCAGGAACUCGGAGAAGAUGAAGAAAAUUCAAGAAUGGAGAAAAAUAAAACAGGUCCGGAAGGAGAUAGAGGAAACUGAAGAACUGCUCCGGGUAGCGGAGAAAAAGGCUCGACUCGAGGAGCGGCUUGAACGACGGAACUAUGAACUACGGAAGUAUCAUCAGGAGAGAGAACAGCUGAAGAGGAUAGAGAGGGAGAGAGAGGAGGAAGAAAACAAAAUAAAAGAGAUGGAAAUCCAGCAGAGAAAAGAAAUGAACAGGAUAUUCCUGGCUCAGUACCAUGAGAAGGACAUGGAGAGGAUUCAGAUGAAGUUGAAGCAGAAGCAAGAGGAGAAGAUCAGGAAGAAAGAGAAGAUGAAAGAGGAUUGGGAGAAGACGACCCGACCCGUCCAGGUUAGACGGGAUCAAGAUCACGUGUUCAGGAAUACAAAAUCUGUAGAGGCAAGAUGCAAAGCAAACAGGGAGAAGAUUAACCUGAUGUAUCCGUCCCCUGAUACUGGUAGGACCCGGAGAAGAUCUAUAGAUUCUGCAGAUAUUUAUCAUCUAGAUAACCUGCCUCGGCUUGGAACUCCACAUUGGAGAACUCUGAUGUAGAACCAGAAAUAAUUAGAGAACUCUGAUUUAAAACCAGGAAUCAUUGGAGAACUCUGAUGUAAAACCAGGAAUAAUUGGUGAACUCUGAUGUAAAACCAGGAAUAAUUGGAGAACUCUGAUGUAAAACCAGGAAUAAUUGAAGAACUCUGAUGUAAAACAAGGAAUAAUUGGAGAACUCGAGAUGUAAAACCAAGAAUAAUUGGAGAACUCUGAUAAAAAAGGAAUCAUUGGAGAACUAUGAUAAAAAACCAGGAAUAAUUGGAGAACUCUGAUGUAAAACCAGGAAUAAUUGGAGAACUCUGAUGUAAAACCAGGAAUAAUUGGAGAACUCUUUUGUAAAACCAGGAAUAAUUGAAGAACUCUGAUGUAAAACCAGGAAUCAUUGAAGAACUCUGAUGUAAAACCAGAAAUCAUUGAAGAACUCUGAUGCAAAAACAAAAAUCAUUGAAGAACUCUGAAUCUGAUGUAAAACCAGGAAUAAUUGGAAGACUCUGAUAAAAAACAAGGAAUAAUUGAAGAACUCUGAUGUAGAACCAGGAAUCAUUGGAAAACUCUGAUAAAAAACAUGAACUUUUAGAGAACUGCUAUACAAUUGUCAAUCAGAUCCAGAAAAUUAAAGAGGUUAAAAUCAUAUGUUUCAUUGAAGAGUGCCAUACACUAUUCACAGCAGUGACAUAUCAUAUCCUUUUUUUGGAUAGAAGAAUCAAUCAGAAUUACCUGGACGAUCCCUUCUGAAGAAAAUAUAAUUCAACAAACCCCGGUUAAUUUUGUUAAUCCGCGAAUGCUUUCAGAUAAAAUCCGCUAAAAGUUAAUGGUGUAAUCCGUUAAUGUUUAUGCUUAACCCAACCUUUCUAAAAUAUGUUUUUUUUUUUUUUAUUUGAAUUAAAGUCCAAAAACCUUUCAUUAGAAGGAUACUUAUAUCUAAUAUAAGUUUCUUAACAUUUUAGUUGAGGUUUGGUUCGGCAAAAAACCUACGGCUUUCAUCGAUACCGAAAAGUUGCUCGGGCCUAUUUUCGAAACCGGGUUUUGUUUUCUAAACAAAUUUCAGUUUAUGAUCUAGGCAUGGUAGAUUUACAAUGUAAGCUCGCAAACAUUAAACAAAUUUUUGUUAGAAGAGAUAUAAUAAGUUUAUGCUCUGUAAACAAAAAUAUAAGUUAAUUUUAUUAAUUAACAUCAAAGUAACAGCAUUGCCCGUAUAUAUAUGAUUUGUACAUAGAAAAUUUUUAAUUCUGGAUCCUGGUAUUUAAUUUUAAGGCAGUCUUUAUAUACAAAUAUAAUGAUUUUUAUUACUUUUUUAUAGUAAGCCAUUUUAUACUUUGAUACAGAUUUGAAUAUGACCUGUAGCAGUAUAUUUGUACUUGUAAAUAAAUAUACAGUGAUAACCAGAAAACUGUGAAAUAGGAAGACAACCUUUAAACUCAA